AUGAAAUUCACUGACAUUUUAUUCUUACUGGCCGCGGCAGUAACCGCCAAUGCAGUGCUGGUUUCAACUGAUAAUGAUGGUUUAUCCGAAGCAUCUGGCUUAACGAUCAAACUCAGUCCAAGUACCUCUGGCCAAGCCCAGCAACACCCAUAUGAUGAAGAUAAUUCAAGCAAUGCUGGUUUAAACCAAAACGCUCCAUUAGACGAAGAAGAUCAGAGGGUUCGCGAUGAGCUAAUCAAAAAAGCUAAAGACGCUAAAGAGAGGGAAAAGAAAGUAUGCGACUCUUACUAUAAGUAUCUAAGCCAUGGAUUGAAACAAAGUCUAAAAUCAAAUGGCCAAAAGAGACCUGGAUCAAAACACAGCCCAAAGACUGAACAUCAAUUGAAAAUGGAAUGUGAGAAAGCAGAAGAAAAAUCAAAAGAUAUGCAGAAAAGGUUGGAAAAUUUUAUGCAAAGAAUGAUUUAG